CUAGAAGAGGAAAGAGGCUUGCCAAGAGAUGGUAUGUUCCCCCAGUAGCCAUGCAGUAUGAUCAAAAACACAUGCCGGCAGAGUGGGAUGCAUGGUUAAGAAAUCGCCGUGCAGAGCCCCCAAGUCAAACAGAAUUAAAAGAUAACUUGACCCUUUCUAUAAUGAAGAAAGAAAAUGCUGAUAAACUAGCUUUGAAAGCAGGUAAAAAUCCUGAGGAUGCCCUUAAGCAUUCAGAUAUGUCAUCUUUUCCUGUGUAUGAUGAAUAUGAAGUCACUCCAGGGGAUGGAUCCAAAAUCAAAUCAUAAUCAUUGAAGAGAUUAGGCUUGCUUUACUAUUACUAACAUAUAUAUUUCAAAUAAAGGUAUUAGUACAUUAGAUAAACAAUUAUGUUGAUGCUGUACUUUAUGUAUAUACUUCAAAUAUAGAUUUUAAUAAGUACA